AAAUACACCCACUAUUUCGGAUUUUUGUAUAUAAGCUCACGGGUGGAUCACAGAAAUCAGAUCAAUCGCAUCCUCUUCUACCAUCAGUCAUCUGAUAGCAGCUCAGUUUUUUUUGUGUGGAAAAAUCUUACACUCAACAUCGACAACAUGAAGGUUACUUUCGCUCUUUUGGCUUUGGUCGCUGCCGUCUUCGCCGAACCACCAGUACCCUCAAGCCAGUACCUACCAUCCAACCAAUAUGGUCCACCCAGCAACCAAUACGGUCCACCAAGCAACCAAUACGGCCCACCAAGCAACCAAUAUGGCCCACCAAGCAGCAGCUAUGGAGCCCCAGCCCAAACCCAAGCAGUAAUCAGACCAAGCAACCAAUAUGGACCUCCCACCAACAACUACUUGCCUCCCAGCAACGGAGGAUACAGCAACGGAGGCUACGAAGACAGAACUGAACCAGCUAACUACCAAUUCGAAUACAAAGUAGAAGACCCAGCUUCUGGCAACGACUUCGGACACGAAGAACAACGUCAAGGAGAUGUAGCCCAAGGCAGAUACUACGUCCUUCUUCCUGAUGGCAGAAGGCAGGUUGUUGAAUACACCGCUGACACUGAAGGUUACAAGCCCAAGAUCACCUACGAGCAAGUCAACAACGGUUACGGCAGUGGUCGCCCAAGCAACGGUGGAUACCAAUACUAAGAACCUGACCAGAACCACCAGCCUGAUGGUUCCGAGCAUAACCUCAUCGGAACUCUUCUAAACAGCUCAAUGUCUUCAUCUUCAUCUUCUCAUAUCACCCUUACUUCUCUAUCAGAAUCACCUGUGGUUCCUCCUAGUCACAGUUCUAUCGAUGGGUGAUAAGCAUGGAACCAUCAGCUUAGGUUUUAGUCGUUCAGUAUUAAGCAGGGCAUUCACGAGUAUAGCUUUAAUUGAUAGUAACCCAGUUUAGUUUCCGGUUUUCUUUGAUCUUGGUACGAUUUGGAUUUAGAACGAGGAAUGACGUAUGUGUAUAUUUUCCAAUAUCGCAUCUUAUGUUAUACGUUUUUUGUAUUAUAUUAUAUGCCAUAUUUAUUUUAUAUAGAAACAAGUAUUAUAUAUAUAAGAUUUGUGUGUAUAAUGUACAAUAUAUUUUUUAAUAAAUAAUCUGCAAGUCAA